AUGUUUACGGAAGAUUCUCUGCCUCCUGAGUUUCAUACAAUCUUCGAUUUCUGCGAUCUUUGCUUUUCAAUUGACCAAAGUAAUCUACCAAGAAUACAAGAAAUGAUCAAAGAAGUUAUUGAAAAAUCUAUUCUUACAAUUUACCAGAUUUUAUCAAUCGUUGAUUGCGUUUUAAUGUGCAAAAUACAUGAUAGGAACGGUACCCUAAGAUUUGUCCAUAAAUUGUUGGAUCUUUACGAAUUUGAUUUUUCAAAAGUUACUGAAAUACAAUAUCCAUUCCUAUUUCUCGCGCUUAUCCAGUUCCAAAAGAUCAAUGCCGAAAGUGAGAUAGUCGCAGAUUUGGAAACAGGACCAUUGACUGAAGCAGAUCUCAGAUCAAUAGAUGAAACAGGUUCAUUGGGCAAUUCCAUUAAAAAUGAUGACCUUGAUAAGCUUAUAGAAUACUCUGCUGAUCCAAAAUUCUCAGUUGAACAAAGAAUUUUCCAAAAUUCUUUAUUAGAAUUAGCUGCUUUGUAUGGAUCAUUGAAUUGCUUCAAAUUCUUGCAAGUUAAAGGUGCUAAAUUCACAGAGAAAACAGUUAUGAACAGUAUCAAAUCUGAUAAUUACGAAAUUUUUCACAUUGCGGAACAAAAUGUGAAAAUAAACAAAAAAAUGUUAGAUGAAGCAAUUUUACAACACAACGAUCCAAUUAUCAACUACAUCAUUGAUAAGUACUCCAUUAAUUAUAGCUACUCUGCUUGCGCAAAAUCCUUUAACUUCAAAUAUUUAUUUAAUAAAUUAAUCCAAUCAGGAGAUAUCAACAAUUUUGAUUCUCCUGAUGGAAAUUGUUUGUUGUGUUUAUGCGGUACAUGUUUUGAUAUGUUUGUUAAGUUCUUAUGCGAGCAUGGCGCAGACGCAAAUAUAUUCGAUAGCCAAGGCCACACUCCUAUUUAUUAUGCGACAGAAUAUUGUGAAUCCAAAAACAUGAAAAUUCUCAUUGAACAUGGAGCUGAUAUUUUCAAAGCGAAAUAUGAAGACAACCAAAUGAACAUUUUAAUGAAAGCAUGCAAGAGUAAUGAUUUAGAAGUUGUUAAGACUAUUAUGGAUUGCAAGGAUAGACCAGAAUUUUAUAAGUUCUUGAAGGAAACAGAUAUUGAUGGGAAAACUUCACUUCAUUUUGCAAUUGGAAGUGGAAACAUUGAAAUCAUUGAUUUGCUUAUAGAUAGUGGUUUAGAUAUAAAUUGUGCUGAUAGAGCUAAGUGCACACCAUUUAUGGUUGCCUGCCAUAUUCACGGAAAUGACAUUAAUUUGCUCAAGCAUCUCAUCGAAAAAGGUGCAGACAUUCAUAAGAAAGAUCAUAUUGGAUGCACUUGUUUAAGUUAUCUUGUUGAUGAAGAACAACUUGAAGGAUUAAAGUUCUUAGUUGAACAAGGUGCAGACAUAAAUGUAAGGAACCAAUUAGGAACAACUCCUCUUCUUAAAGUUGCCGAUACUAAUAACACAGAAAUUGCUAAAUACCUUAUCGAAAAAGGUGCAAAUGUAAAUUAUACAGGAUACAAAGGAAUUUCUCCAUUAAUGAAAGCAUCGAAACACAACUGUUUAGGAACAAUCAAACUGUUAUUAGAGCAUGGUGCUGAUAGAUAUAAAACAAAUGAUGAAGGCAUGAAUUGUUUAGAAUUCGCCAUAAGUGCAAACAGUUAUGAUGCUGUUAAAUUGCUAUUGGAAAAUGGAAUUGAUCCAAACAAAGGAAGAUCUCCACUCUUGAUGGCGUGUGCAAAUAACUACACAGAAAUCAUUCAGCUCCUUAUUGAUCAUGGAUGCAAGAUCGAUACAAUUCAUGAAAAUGGAAUUCAGCCUUUGACAAUGGCCAUUUUCAUGAGACAAUAUGAAGCUGUAAAAGUUCUUGUCGAAAAUGGAGCUGACUUUGACAUAAGAUAUAACGGAGAACCAAUGGUUUUAAUGGCUUUGAGAGUUCAGGAUCCAUUGAUAGCUGCUUAUCUAGUAAGAAAAGGAGCAAACAUUAAUUAUUAUUUUGAAAAGAUGAACUUUGUUGUUUAUUGCAUUGUUCACAAGAUUUUCCCUGUAUUGGAUGCAAUUAGUGAAACAUAUCCAGAAUUAUGGAAUGAAAUUAUAGGAAAAACUGCUAACUAA